UUAAUUAAAUUUGUCUAAAAAAAUAAACAUCCGCUUAACCUAAAAGUAAUACCAAAACAUUUGGUUUUUAUAAGUAUUUAUAAAAUAUAAAUAUUUCUCUCCGUCUGAAUUUCUUGCUAAUUCAUAUAUUUCUCCGUAUAAGGUGGCAGAGCAGCAAAAUUAUAGAACGUCGCCCCACCUGUUUACAAAUUAUACUCAAUCAAAAUGACAGAAAAUACAGUAACGAUGCAAGAAAAUAUAAAUAAAGAGGACGAUAAAAUCAGUGAAGAGUAUGCCUAUUUAGACAGAGGUGGAUUCUCCUCUGAAAAAUUUAAAAUUGAGCUUCGCGGCUUACCUAAAUUCUAUGGAAUAGCAGAGUUAAAGAAGUUAAUGAAUCAGAAGCUUAACCUUAACACUAGUAAAAUAAAACGGCCCAAGAAUGGUAGCCACUGGCUCUAUGCUUGCUUUCAAAAUGAUGAUGAAAGAACAAAGGCUAUAACAGCUCUAAAUGGUUAUUCCUGGAAAGGUAAAACACUGAUAGCUGAAGUAGCUAAACCAGCUCCAGAUCCUCUAGUAAGAAAAAGGAAACAGGAUGAGGAAGGUACAGUACAGGGAAAGAAGAAAAAAGAAGAAAAUACAAAAAGUCAAGAAGAAAGACUGAAAGAUGCCACUACGCCUUAUUGGAAUGUACCUUAUGAAGAACAGCUUAGAUUAAAAGAGAAAGAGAUUAGACAUCUACUAAUGAAGUUUGAUAAUGAAAUAUGGAAAAUUAACAAAACUAAACGACAAGAAUUAGAAGCCAAACGCAAAUUACAUGAUGGCUUAAGUUUUGAAUUGAUGGGGAUAAAAAAAUCUCCAAUUACAGAAGGAUAUAGAAACAAAUGUGAGUUUACCGUUGGUGUGGAUGAGGAGACUAAUCUGCCAACAGUAGGAUUUAGACUCGGCGGCUAUGUUACCGGUGUUGUCGGAGUUGCCCCAAUACAAUCAUUGAACCACAUCUCUGAGGAAACUAAAAAGGCUGUUUUGUUGUUUGAAGACUUUGUUCGCAAGUCUGAAUUGGCCCCUUUUUCUCCAGCAGACUACACGGGCUAUUGGAGGUACCUUACGGUCAGACAUUCUAUGUCAACUGGAGAUAUUAUGCUUAUUGUUUUUAUGCACCCACAAGAUCUGUCAGAAGAACAAUUAGAAAAUAUAAAGAAGCAACUAAUAGAUCACUUCAGUACACAAGAAGCAAACGCGUGUGGUAUCAAAUCGCUGUAUUUUCAAUUGAUUACGAAAAAAAGAAUAGGCGAAGAUGCUUCUAAAGCGAUGCACUUGAUGGGAUCCACACAUAUAACUGAUACUUUAUUAGGGCGCCAAUUUAGGAUAUCUCCGGAAGCAUUCUUUCAGGUGAACACGGCAGCCGCCGAAAUAUUAUACCAAAGUGCAAUAGAUAUGAGUGAAAUCAAAGAAAAGUCCACUGUGAUAGACAUAUGCUGCGGCACUGGCACUAUAGGGUUGUGUUUUGCCAAGCAUUGUAACAAAGUUUUGGGUCUCGAGGUGAUACCCGAAGCCGUAAAGGACGCUCAAGCGAAUGCAAAACUGAACAGCAUAGAAAAUUGCGAUUUCUUCACCGGGAAAGCUGAGGACAUCUUGCACUCGGUGCUGGCUAGAACGACUGCUGACGAUACCAUUGCGAUCGUUGACCCGCCCAGGGCCGGAUUACACAUGCGAGCUAUAACCCAACUGCGGAACACAAGAAAGGUGAAGCGGCUCGUAUACAUAACAUGUAGCCCGGCGUCGGCUGUAAAGAACUUGAUCGACCUGGCGCGGCAAUCGUCGAAGACGCUGCGCGGCGCCCCGUUCGUGCCCGUCCGGGCGGUGCCCGUCGACAUGUUCCCGCACACCAAACAUGUAGAGUUGGUGAUACUGUUUGAAAGAGAACAAGAGGAAACGACUGUCGAAGAAGAUGUCAUCCAUAAAAUCGAAACUAAUGAAGAAGAUAAUAAAACUAUAACUGAAUAGUAAUCAUAAGAAUUUAUUUUAUAAUAAUAAUAAUAAUUUAGGACUAUACUAAUAAUUGGUAAAACUGUAUUGUUUUGCUAUUUCCAGCAUCACUGGCUGAUAAUAGAAAAGUGUAAAAUUUCAGCCCGUCUCAAUCAAGAAAGUGAGAACUAUAAAAUAUAACUAAUUUAAAAAAAAAACACUAUCUUUGGUCUAUGACGUUACCAAAUAAGUCUAUGGUGCAGUGAAGUUCAUAACGUAAUAAGAAUUUGUUUAUAUUUAUAACAUCUACUAUUUACAAAAUUGUGUACAAGCUGAGUCUUACUUUCUGUAAUUCUACAAUUAAUUCUAUAAUUUUGAUACUAAUUUAAUUAGAUAACUGCAGAUAUUAUUUUGAUAUAAAUACAUGGAAUUUUACUAUGGAAUUAAUUGCCUUUAAAUAUCCCAUAGAAGAUGGCUGUUUUCUACUUAACUCGGUUGUCAAGAUAGUUCAAUAUGUUCAAGUGCGAGUAGUGAAUGAUGCCGAUAUAUUGUUUUUGUCAAACCUUUGACAAUCUACAAUAUUAAGAUCAUUUAAAUAUUCAAUAUAAAAGCAAGUGAUGCUUUUAUUAGUGUUCAUAAAUAUUUAUAUUGUUAAGUAAUAAAUAUUUUCUGUUAA